AUGCCCCGUGAUGAGGACCUUAAGCGGGUCCGUGAAAACCAGCGCAAAUGUCGGCAACGAAGGCGUGACUACGUCGCCGAACUUGAAAGCAAAAUCACAGCUUAUGCGGAGGCUGCGGCUGAGGCUGAUAGAAGGCGACAGGCUGUGGAAGAGAACCUCUGUAGAGAGAACGAGGCACUGCGGACCUUGUUGGCCUCCAGUGGCUUUGGUCACAAUGUCCUGGACCUUAAUACCGCGCAGAAGCAUCAAGAAGCUAUCUUAGACGAUAUACAAAUGAGUCCCAGCUUCGCGGCAAAUACUGUGCCGACCACCCUUGAACUGCACGCUGAUUCGAUGGCCCUCCAGUUGCCGAACGUUACUCCUAGCUUUGGAUCUCCCACUACGAUACGUGAAGUUGCGGAUACUGGACUUGUGGCGCCUUCGAGCGUAGAUUUUACGCCUCAAUCCACAGAUCUUAGCACUUGCCUGGACUUUCCGGUUCCGGGUUUCCAUGAACUAAUGGUACCGGAGAGAGAAUCGCAAACCCGUCUGCUUGAGCUCCUGCCUCCAACUAACCAAAGUACAACCGGUCUUGAUAUCCCCAUAGGAUUGGUUGAUCCUAUUCUACAAGACACGACAUUGUGCGCUGUUGCCAUUCAGAUUGUCCGUCACUGUAAUAAGAAGGAUCUAAGCAUGAUGGAGCUGGAUGCUAAGCUCCGUCACGGGUAUAGGAAUGCUAGGUCGCCUCUGGAAGGUUGUAGGGUCAGUAACUGGGUUUUACUGUCUGUCCUUGCCGAAAUUAUACAAUAG